AUGGCGGACGACAACCGCGCACUCAAGCGGCAGAAGCUUGCGACGAGUACAGGCGCUAAUACAGCUCCGUCUGAGCUGGGCUUUUACUUAAAUCGACUGAAGACUGCCCCAUCCGCUCACAACCUGCACGCAAAGAGUCUGAGCGAUCUGUUGGAAGGAGAAUUCUCCCGAUGCCUGCUAACCAACUACAUGUACGAUCUCCCAUGGCUGUUCGCCGAAUGCCCUCGACUGACUGAAGUGCCGGUAUUACUGGUGCACGGAGAGAGAGACCGACAGGGAAUGACGAAGGAAUGCCGAGAAUACUCUAAUGUGACGCCUGUUGUCCCGCCGCUGCCUAUUCCGUACGGAACCCACCAUACUAAGAUGUUGGUGGCGCUGUAUUCGGAAAAGGUGCGAGUGGCGAUCUUCACGGCCAAUUUCUUGUCCAACGACUGGAAUUCCAAGACACAAGGACUGUGGUACCAGGACUUUGGGCUAAAGGUUCUUGCUGACAGUGAGGACGAAGAGGAAGAGACUGUCUCUGGCAGUUCUAGUGACUUUGAGGUCGAUCUGGUCCAUUAUCUGUCGUCCCUGGGAGCUCCAGUCAAGCUGUUUUGCGCAGAACUCAAACGGUUUGACUUUUCAACUGCAAGGGUUGCUUUGGUUCCGUCGGUCCCUGGUGUCCACAAAGGAAAAGAUAUGGAGAAAUACGGGCAUCUCCGCAGCUAUAGCAUUUUAUUAACGUACACUCUGUGUUGCAUGAACAGGCUACUGAAAAUGUACAAAAUCCCUCCGACAGACAACCCGUUGAUUUGCCAGUUCUCUAGCUUAGGGUCGCUUGACGAGAAGUGGCUCUUCGGAGAGUUUGCAGAGAGCUUCUUGCCUGGGAAGAAGAUUAUAUCCUCCACAUCCAUGCCAAUCCAAGCAUUGCACAUAAUUUGGCCCUCGGUUGAGGAUGUAAGAAACUCUCUUGAGGGAUGGAACUCUGGGCGUUCGAUUCCUUGCCCAUUGAAGAAUAUGAAGCCGUUCUUGCACAAGUAUCUUCGAAAGUGGAAGCCCCCGUCGGAGCUUCACCGCCAAAACGCCAUGCCGCACAUCAAGUCGUAUGCUCGCUUUAAUCCGAGCGAUGAUGGAGCAGGAGAGCUGGCCUGGGCCAUUGUCACCAGCUCAAACUUGAGCAAAGCUGCGUGGGGUACGCUCCAGAAGAACAAGACUCAGCUAAUGAUCAGGUCGUACGAGCUCGGUGUCAUGUUCCUGCCUCCAUUGUUGGGACGUCAAAGAAAUGGAACUCCAUCACGUCUUGUGACAAUUGCGAGUAAAGCGGCUGAACAUUCCGACGUUGCAGGGUCCGACACUCAGCCAACUGAGCUCCUACCGCUGCCGUACAGCUUCCCAUUGACUACCUACAACCCAAAAAACGACGAACCAUGGGUAUGGGACCUCGUUCGAGAAAGCCCCGAUAUCUUCGGGAACGCCUACAUCCCACACUAG